AUUCAAGCACAUCUGCUGCCACAUAUUUCUGGUGCAGUGAAUAACUAAGCAGCCUAAGUACCCGGAGAAGAAGAGAGAAAAUCACCGCGGCUCAGAAUGGUGAUGCACAGAUUCCUGUAUCUUGUGUUGCUGCAAUUUGGGUUGUAUGUUCACUGCUAUUUGAUGCAUCCAAACUACAGUUAUGACCAGACGUCGAAACCCAGCAGAAAUGUAAAUCUUCCAGUGCUGGAGAGACGCCCCAUACAAGACUGGUCACUCGACGAGGCCCAGGGAUUUGUUCGAGGUCUUUCAGAGAACAGGAUGGAGAGACACGUAGAUGCCAUAUUCACUAACACUUACAGAAAAUUCCUGGGACAAAUUUCAGCGAGGCGAUACCUGCAAAACAUGAUGGGGAAACGACUAGGACGAGAUGACUUACUUUACCCAAGUAAUGGUCAGCUCAGUGAGAGGACCCUGAGAGACACACUUGAAUCACUGCUGAUGAACCUAAAAAACUCAGAAUCGAGGUCCCAUCAGCCAUUAUAGUGGUCCGUGCAGAUUGUAUUUUCAACGUAAGGCUCCUUUAAGAAGAUGCGUUGUCAUUACCGUGGUGGAAUCCAAUACAAUGCUUGUCUGAAGCAAGUGUUACGUUUCCUGUGCAGCUCUCACCCUUCACUU